AUGGAGGCAGCCGGCGGCGACAGAAGCAAGAGGACGUGGGUGGUGGACGUGGAGAAGAAGCUCAAGGAAGCCGACAAGACGGCGGAGGUGUCGCGGUGGGAGCCUCACUGCAUCUACCGCGUGCCGCCCUGCAUGACCAACAUCAAGAGCAAGGCGUACCAGCCGCAGGUGGUGUCGCUGGGCCCCUUCCACCACGGCCACCGCGACCUGCGCCACAUGGAGGAGCACAAGCACCGGGCAUUGCGGCAGCUGCUACGGCGCGCGGACCGGCCGCUCGACGACUUCGUGGCUGUCGUGGAUGAGGUCACGGAGGAGCUGGAGGGCGCGUACAUGGACCUUCACAGCGAGGGGCGCAGCCUUGGCAGGGAGCAGUUCCUGGCCAUGAUGAUCUUCGACGGCUGCUUCCUGCUGGAGCUGAUGAGGUGCACGGCCGCCGACGGGAAGCUGGUCGGCGAGUACGCAAACAACGACCCCAUCUUCAGCCCCCACGGGAUACUCAACAUGGUGCCCUACAUUCGGCGAGACAUGCUCAUGCUCGAGAACCAGCUACCUCUACUCCUGCUCCAGAAGCUCGUUGAGGUUGAGAGUGGAAAGCCUCCGAAGAACGACUUCAUCAACCGAAUGGUGCUGAAAUUUCUAGCCCAAUCAUCUAGCCCAUUUCCACCAGGCAUCGGCCUAGGGCUCCACCCACUGGAUGUCUUUCGCCGGAGCAUGCUCACUGGUAAGUGCCAUCAAAUCUGGAGCCCCCAGGACAUUGAGGAGGACAACGCCAUCAUCCGGUCAGCACUGAAGCUCUACCAAGCCGGGAUUCAGUUCAAGCCGAGCAAGACGUUGAGCCUGCACGACAUCCAGUUUCGGAGCGGCAUGCUGAGCAUGCCGACAGUGUCGGUGGACGACUCCACCGAGUACAUGUUCCUCAACGUGAUGGCGUUCGAGCGGCUGCACGUCGGCGCAGGCAACGACGUGACCGACUACGUAUUCUUCAUGAACAGCAUCAUCGACUCCGCCAAGGACGUGGAGCUGCUGAGAUCCAAGGGUAUCAUCCACAACGCCAUCGGCAGCGACCAGGCUGUGGCCAAGCUGUUCAACACCAUUUCCAGGGAUGUGAUGCUCGAUCCCAACAGCGAGCUCGACGCAGUGCAGCGGCAGGUGAACGGCUACUUGCGGAAGCCGUGGAACAUUAGGCGCGCUAGCCUCAUCCACACAUACUUCAGGAGCCCAUGGGCGUUUCUCUCCCUCGCCGCCGCCAUCUUACUCCUCGGCAUGACCGUCAUGCAGACCAUCUACACAGUGCUGCAGUUCUACAGGGGUGGCGGGGCUGGCAGCAAUGGUGGCUCGGGAGGUUCAGGUGGUUAUGCGGCCUCCAUGGUCGGGUCUUCGGCGGUCAGGCGCGUCGUUCAAACGGCCGCCUCAGCGAUCGCUUUCGCCCAUUCUGCCAAGGCCGGAGAGUCGAGCUCCAGCCACCAAGGGUGCCAAACCUGCAAAGAAGAGGAAACUGGACGUGGCACCGGCGCGGAGAAGCGCGAGGAUUGCGAAGCAUGCGACCACCGGCAGCAGCAAGUCCUCAUACGCAAGUUGUGUCUUGCGCAUGAGGGGGAGGUGAUCUCUGAGGAAGCCCUUAGGAUGUACGUCGACUUGUUCUCCCGCCCUCUCUCGGAUGCUCACAUUGCCGCUGUGUUGGUGUUGUUUGGUUGGGAGUCGCCGGCAUCGCCGCUUAUGGAGGAGGCAGCGGAGGCUGCAGUGUAG